UAUCGUUGUGGUGCAGAAUGACAAAAAAUAUCACGCCUAUGGCUCGUGAUGUUUAUCCUAAUAGCGCGUGACCUUGAAGUGACUUCAAAAUGAAAUGAACAGGCACAACUGCACGAAGUUGUAUGUAGGGGACUGCUGCUUGGACUCAAGUCGGAACGCAGCGGCAAAGCUCGGAUCGAUGCCUUGCCUCGAUCCGUCUGGUGGCCAGAAAACCGGAGUGGAAAUCUUCAGGCUUGGCUUGUACUAAACCCUUCUUAAGCUGAUCACUGUUUAAACUGAUAAUAAUCCAGUUGUUGUACCAAUUACCGGAGGUUUUGCCGACUUUUUCUACUCGAUCUGCCUAUCGACAGCACAUCCGCUACCGACAGCAUGGCACAUUCCGCGUCCCCCACCCUGCGCUAGAGUUCAUUCGUCAAGCCUCACCGCAACACAAAGAGAAUAAAUAAAGCAGCACCAUGGUUCGCCUUUUCGCUGUCGCUUCGCUACUCGUGGUCGCCCUUAUGAGCUUCGCGCAGGCCGACGACCCCAUCCUCGACCCCAUGCUGGUCGCCAACCGAGCCACCGACAUCGCCAUGGACACGUCCAGCGCAGCCUUCGACAAAGUCGCGGAAGCUGCCAAACGCAGCACCAACGACAAGAGCCAAAUAAUCCAGAAGAAGGCUUAAACGAACUAGACUCUCCUAGACGGAAUAAUCCCCCCUAACCAAGGAAGCAACUACAUCGUCGUGGCAGGCCUCGGUAUGUGACUCGUUUUGUGUGUAAGUAGAUUUUAAAGCGACCGGCCAAUGCAUUCUGCAAACAAGUCGUGGUGUUCCGUGUUUUGCUUGCCUUGGGACUUUAUGGUGAUGAAGGUUAACCCACUUUUCAAUUAUUUAGUCUGC